AUGAAAUAUAUAUUUCUUUUAUUAUUUCAAUUUUUUAUAUUCCAUUUAAAAACAAAAAGAUGUAAUGAUAAUUAUCAAAUUUUUAUUAGUAAUAUAUUAAUAAAUAAUGUCAAUUUUCUAUUUGAUAAAGAUAAUUAUUUAUAUGAAUUAAAGUUAAAUGAACACUCUACUGAAAUAAGCAUUAGUCCUUUAUUAAAUAUAUGGGAGAAUUAUAUAUAUAAAAAAAAUUCAUUAGAAUAUGGAAUAUUUUUUAAUGAAAAUACUUUGGAAUAUUUAGAUAAUAAUGAAAUUAUUAAAAGUGAAGAACUUUAUCUAAAACAAUAUUAUAUUUAUAUAGAUAAAAAAAAAGUAAAUUUUUAUGAUUUACCAUAUAGCAUUUCAUUAAAAGAAAAUGAAGAAAAAGCAAUAACAAUUUUUUAUGAGAAAUUUAAAAAAUAUAAAUUUAAAAUAAAAAACAAUAAAAAAUCCUCUUAUUUCUAUCUAAAUGAUAUUAAUUUAAUUAAUGAUUCUUCAAAUAAACAUUUGAUAUUAGAUGAAGAAUUCAGAUACAACAUUUAUUUUUACAAUGCACAUAUUGAAGAAAAUGUUAAAAAAAUCAAAGUUAAGGGAAAGUGUCAUGAUAGCCAAAUGUAUGUAAAUAAUAAUUUAGUUUUUGAUAAUUUUAUUUUUUCUUUAAAUGAAAACACAUACAACAACGUCUUAAUCAUUGAAUGUAGAAAAUAUGAGUAUUUUAAUGACUUUAUAUACAAAAAGAGUAAUAAUAUUUUGGAAAAUUUUUUUAAAAAAAAUUGGCAUUCAAAAAUUAUAUAUAAUGAAUCUAAUUAUUAUACAAUAUAUAAAGAAAAAAAAAUAUUAAAAAAUUUUUUAAAUAAGGUGAAAAAUAAUUAUAAAAAAAUAUUUGAUAAUGAGAAGAUACAUAAAAAUAAGGAAAUAAAUAAAAAGAAUUCACAAUAUCCAAUACAAAAUAAAAUAUUAUCUUAUAAUGUGAAAAACAAUAAUAAUGAAAAAAAUAUCUCAAAAAUUAAAAAAGUAUUAAGAAAAUUUUAUUUCUUUAAUAUUUUUUACAAUAUAUCUAUAAAAAUUCCUAAUUAUUUGUAUAAUCUCAUAGAUGGUAAUAUAUGCUUUUUAAAUCAUAAUAAAAAUAUUGAAACUCCAAGUGAAUAUAUUUGUGAUACCUUUCAUAAUAAAGCAACUUUAUAUUCUGAAAUAAGUAAUAAAUUAUUUGCUUUUGUUAAAGUAUCCAAUCAAAAUAAAAUUUAUAGAAUUAUUGAUAAAGUAUUAAAUAAUACUAUAAAUUUUUCAUCAAAUAUAUAUUUAUUUUUAGAAACAUACAACGACAAAAAAAUUUUUAAAAUUAAAUUAAAAAAAGAUAAUACAUUAUAUUUAUAUUUCAUUAUUUUCCUCCUUAUAUUUUUAUUUAUUGUUAAUAUUUUAAUUUUCUUUUAUAAAUUUUGUAUAAAUAAGAGAAUUCUAUAA